GGCAGUCGCAGCUGGCGGGGAAGCGCCGGCGAGGGAAGCCCCAGAGUCGCGCAGGGUCUGCCGCGCGGUGGCCCCCCCCGAGCGCGCGAGCUGCCCGUUCCAAGGGGCGCUGCUGCUGCCGCUGCCGAGCGGGGCGCGCCGGCUCUCCCGCUUGGGGAUCGCGGUCCCUCCUUGCCCGAUGGAGAAGCUCAAGGCGCGGGCGUUGCUGGAGCAGCCCCUGCGCGCCUCCAGCUGCAACGGCCCUGCCGAGAAGGCCGCCCGGCCCGGGGACAGCUGGCGGGAGGAGCGGACGCGCAGCGAGGAGGACAACGCGCUGCACCUGCCCGGCCUGACCGCCGCCUACGCCACCAUCCUGCGCGCCCUGGGCGAGGACCCCCAGCGGCAGGGGCUGCUCAAGACCCCCUGGAGGGCCGCCACCGCCAUGCAGUUCUUCACCAAGGGCUACCAGGAGACCAUCACAGAUGUGCUGAACGAUGCCAUCUUUGACGAAGACCACGACGAAAUGGUGAUCGUGAAGGACAUAGACAUGUUUUCGCUGUGCGAGCAUCACUUGGUUCCGUUCGUUGGAAAGGUUCACAUAGGUUACCUGCCGAAUAAGCAAGUCCUUGGCCUCAGCAAACUGGCAAGGAUUGUGGAAAUAUACAGCAGAAGGUUACAAGUUCAAGAGCGCCUCACGAAACAGAUCGCGGUUGCCAUUACGGAAGCCUUGCAGCCUGCCGGUGUCGGGGUGGUGGUCGAAGCAACGCACAUGUGCAUGGUCAUGCGAGGGGUACAGAAAAUGAACAGUAAAACGGUGACCAGCACGAUGCUUGGAGUCUUCCGGGAAGACCCGAAGACGCGAGAAGAGUUCUUGACGCUCAUCCGCAGCUAAAAGGAUACCCUUCCGAACGGGACUGCUCCUCUGGAUCGUGUCGUCUUCGUGUCGCCGUCGGGUCUCUACUCUUCGUUCCAUCUCUCUCUUUUUAAACUUAGCCGUCACUUCUGACGUUCCGUUUUAGCAGUUCUGUAAAAGCCUCUUCGUUUUUAUUUCUUAAAGAUCAGUUCGAAGUCCUCGAUCGCUCAAACCGUUGUGCUGGUUUUCACAGUCUUCAAAAAAAAAAAAUGUCUCCUGUAUCUUUGUGUUAUGAGAUUUAAAACUAGUGUUUAGAGCAGGUUGAUACCCAGCGGUCAUGUCUGUGCUUUGUGUUGGCUCCGUAGGGCCUCAGUAGUGCUUUUAUGGUCAUCUGAAAUCUUUUAAGGAAAUGUUCCUGUUGAUGCAAUGAAAGGGGGAUUCUAAAAGCCCCUUCCGCCCCCCAGGAAUUGCGCCUGGGGCAAUGGCGCCCGAUUUUGCGCCCCCCCCUCCCACAGACGCCAUCCCCUUCUCCCCUGCGCCGACUUGGACAAGCUGAGUCAGGGUGGGGGAGGCAUGGGGGGGUGCAAAAUUGCCCUCCCAUGGCACACCCCUCCUCCCCUGUGCCAACCCAGAAGCUGAGUCGGUGCGGGGGCGGAGGGGUGUGCCGUGGGCGCCAUUUUGCACCCCCCAUGUGACAGGAUGGUGUGCGCCUGGGGAUAGACUUAUGGAGGAGAAGUCGAUUUAUGGCUACCAGUCUUGAUCCUCUUUGA